UUGUGAUCUUUUCCCACCACUUUGAACUCCCCUGCAGCAUCUUCAUUUCUUUCUUCAGCCUUUAAUCUGUUGCUCAGUUUGUGGCAGUAAAUGAAAGGCCAGGCUGUGUCCAUGCAGGGCCUCCUCUUCCUCCUCCUCCUCCUCUUCCUCUGAGAAUGGUCGAGCAGGAAUGUGUGAUGGGUCGGCUGUAUGUAGGCCAGUGAUAGGCCUGCCUGUGCUGCCGUGUCUUCGGCUUAAAAAGUCCAAGUCAUUAUUCUCCUCCUGCUGCUAUUCAGAUGAAGUCCUGUGGCUCAUUGUUAUUCUGCCCCAGUGACAGGGGGACUCAGAAACUGGGAGGUUGACUGGUUUCCAACGGCAGGGAGCUGGUUGCACUGGGCGAGGAGGAGCUGCUGCUGGUUUCUGGUCACUUUUUUUCUUUAGCUGGAGCGAAGGCAUGUUGGUAAUCGGCUCAGUUAUGAGGAAAGGUACAGAAUGGCACCGAAUGUCUGACCCUUAUUCCCAGGAGUGAAGAGAAGCAGAGGGAGGGGAGAAACGCAGCGAGAGAGGAGGCCAUGUGAAAAAGGAGGUGGAGGGGAGGUGAGAUUUAGUGCUCUGCAUGAUGAAACAACCCCCCACUAACUAACGGAGAGAGAAAGUAGUCUAAUAGGAAGAAAAGGGGGGUGUUUUACUGUUCAUUACACACGAGCGAAGCCUUUUUCACUUCCUACAAUGAGCCCAGAAAAGAGGACUGCUGACUUCUGUAAAGCAUAGGCAGCAGAUCAGCAGAAAACAAGAACAAAUAAAUGGUAAAUAGGUCUGCAAGAUUAAAAAAAUGUCUCGAACUGAAGAGGUCAACAAGAUGACGGAGAAUGUCUACAAGGGAAUUCUGGACCAGUUCAAUCCCAGUCUGAAGAACUUUGUGACGAUGGGGAAGCACUACGAGAGAGCUUUAACAGGAGUUACUGUGGCAGCUAAAGGCUACUUUGAUGCUCUGGUGAAACUGGGAGAACUGGCAAGUGACAGCCAAGGCUCCAAAGAGCUGGGAGACACACUGUUCCAGAUGGCCGAGGUCCACAGACAGAUUCAGGUGCAGCUGGAAGACGUGCUGAAGCUGUUUCACUCUGAGAUGCUGGCCCAGUUGGAGCAGAAACUGGAGCUGGACAUCAAAUACCUCACAUCCACCUUAAAGAAGUACCAGAGUGAGCGGAGGUCUAAAUCUGAGUCGAUCGAGCGUUGUCAGUCCCAACUGAAGAAGCUCCGCCGGAAGAGUCAGGGCAGCCGUCACCCCAACAAAUACGGAGACAGGGAGAUGCAGUUUGUGGAGCUGAUGAGCCGUCGCCAAGGCGAGCUGGACGAGCUGGUGGCCACCGGCUACAAGUCAGCCCUGACUGAGGAGAGGAGGCGGUACUGCUUCCUGGUGGACAGACAGUGCUGCGUCACCAAACUGCUCAUUAGCUACCACGCCAAGGUCAGAGAACUUCUGUCUCAGAAACUUUCAUCCUGGCAGCAGUCCUGCUCUCAGCCAACCAAGCUCCCGGAGCGAGCUCUGAACCUGCUGCGCCACACGGCCCCACAAAGCCCAGGGGCUGCUGGGGUCGCCGAGGUCCUCCGUCACACCAAGCUGGGCUCUGCUCAGCCAGAGCAGAGGCUCUCUGUCCAUGAAAUCCCUCCCCUGUUGAACGGAGGGGACUCUGGUCGCUCCCAGCAGCAGCGCUCGCUCCCCUCCUCCUCCUCCUCCCACAGUGACGCUGGUCUUCCUCACGGCUCCACGCAGACUUUCUGCCCUGCGUCCUCCUCCAGUGGAGCUGCAGGAGGUUCAUCCAGAGGAGCAUCCCCUCAGCACACCAGCACCCCCCUCAGUUCUUCAGCUAGCCCCCUCCCUGAUGGCCGGGGCACUGACAGCACCAGUCCAGUUCCCAAUCCACCCAGCAGCUCCACCCAGCAGGGCUCUCUCCUCCUGGCCACGUCCAGCCUCUCCCCAAGCCUCAUCCCUUCCACCGUGAUGUCACUCAGCCAGAUCUCCACAGCCAGCAGCUCCCCACAGGGCAUGACCCUCCCCAUCCCCCACAGUGCUCCUCACAGUCCUCCUCUGUCCCACAGCGCUCCCCUCUCCAGAGCCAUGACUCCGGUGCAGCUGCUGCACCAACAGGUGGGACCAGGAGGAAGCAGCACUUUGUCUCCGUCCCACAAUCCCUGGCUGCUGAAGCUGGGAGAAAUGUCAGCCACCGCAACCCUCCCUCUGCCGAGGAGGCCUGCCAGUGAACUGAGGCUGGGGGGCUUUCAGGGCUCCAGCCUCCCCAGGAUGCUGUCUUCAUCUGGACCCAUCCGUGUGGAGGCCAUGUUUCCCCACACACCAGGAUCACUGGAGGGUGGUGGAAGCAUGGGGGGCGGGGCUUGCUUACUUCACUUCCUACCUGGUGACAACAUCACCCUGCUCAUCUCUGAGCCCCGGGAUGGCUGGCACUAUGGUCAAAAUGAGCGGACUGGACGAAAAGGCUGGUUCCCUUUCUCCUACACUCAGUUGCAGCACAGCAAGAUGGAUCAUCUGGAAGGCUCUCUCUUCUUAUCUAAGGCGAACAGCACCAGUACAGGACAGCUGGACAAACUGGUGUCGCCGGGUCCAGCCUUGACCCCCGAGUCUGAGGAGGAGCGCUUCCUUCCUCCCCAGAGGGUCAGCACAUUCCGCCCGCGCCCUUACAGCAUGGCCGACAGCAGCAAGAUCACGUCAGAUUUAACCUGUUCGCCCCCCUCACCUACCAGGCCCAAUCCAUUUGCUCACGUGCGCCUGAGAAGAACCGUCACCAACGAUCGCUCGGCCCCCAUCAUUGAGUGAGUCGGGAGUCCUGCUCCUCUGAGGUUCAUCGAACGUCCGCUCGAUCCUGUUUACAAGCAACCACUCACUCUGAGGCUGUUUAUCCUUAAGAAUGGCAUGAAGUUUGUUUCAUGAGCAGAAACAAAAAACAUGAUUCCAGUUUGUUUCAUUUUCAGGUUGUUUGAAAACUGCAGGAAAAUCUGAAAAUCCAACAUGAAAGAAGCGUUAAGCCUGAAGGAAGAUAAAAGCUAAUUUAGUUAUUUCUCAGUGUUAGACGCCAUUAGACGGUGCCUUGUUUUCUCUAAAUGUACUAACGUGUCCUGAUUAGUCCUGAAUGUGAAGAUCGCUCCUCUUUCUUUUUGCUCUGAUCUCGUUUUUGUGACCUUUUCUGAAAACGCCUUGAGCAGAUUUAGGGACUGGGUCCUAUGACAGUAGAGAGGAGGACCGGCUUCUUCUCAAAGAUGACAUUCUCUUUUUAUUCUGAAAACCUUCCAAUUUGAUUCAUUUUAGCAAAACAAUUUUUUUUCUCCUAAUUGUUUAGCUGAGAUACUGAAUAUAAUUUAAAGAAGCAGACACCUUGAGUCGUUUUGUGACACUUUUAUUUUGGUAACAGGAAGAGUGCACUAUGAGGAGUUGUUCUAGUGAAUCUGAUGCUGUAAAGUUGAUCAUAACGCAUUUAUUACUGGAUUACUUAACUUUGAUUAUUAUUAUUAACAAAUGUUUUCCCAUCAGGUUUUCUCAGUGGAAAUGAAAUGCUUUUUCUAAUUAAAUGCAAAACAACAAACAAUAACCUUACAUACUGUGAAAAUGAAUGGCUGAAUUUUUGGAUUGGUGUUUAUUAGAAGAGAAUCUUUUAUUGAAAGUCACAUCUUGUGGAGGGUCUUAAAAAACUUAGAGGUUUUUAUGCUUUUUCUUUGGAUUUUAUGUCCACUUGAUUCCUUUUCAGCACUUUGUCAUACAUCUGUGCUUGUUGGGUCUUUAAAGAGCAAGUCACCCCCUACCAGAGUAUUACUACUCUCCCACUUCCUGUUUGAAAAAUGCAACAAAUGCUGUUGCAUAGCAGACUGAGGGCGGAGCCACUAACAAAUACACACACACACACACACACACACACACAGAGGCUCACAACGACACUGUGACAUCAUAUGGUACCAGCUAACGUUCUAGGGUACCUCUUAGCCAAUAGCGAUGGCAGAUUUAAAUUCAUAUGCAGUGCUGAGUUUUUGCCUGACGACGGUGCAUCGCUGACAGUUUUAGGCAGAUUAUUUAAAUUUUAACUAAGAUUAAAUAGUGCCAAAUUAUUGACUACAUUUGUCUACAGAGCAAUUAGACACUCAUUUAUAUAGUUUAUCAACAAAAACAAAGUUGAUUUGAGGGUGACUUGCUCUUUAAACAUCAGAAUCUGAACCUGUGGGAGCCAAGACGCACGCCUUGACUGAGUUUAUGGAGGGAAUGGUUUUAGAAAGUGAUGAAGAAAGUUUAUGGGAAGUAGACAGAUGUCUAAGCAGGUGUUUGUGGAAAACUAGACAUCUAAAAUAGGAUGACAUGGCUCUGAAUGUCUGGAAAAGUGAGGUAUCAAAGUGAACAAAGCAAAGUUUCAUAUGCAAACUGUUCAGCUGGCAUGAUUCUUCAGCGUUGUGAAGAGUCAAGUCACAACAAAAACAGUAGGAAGUAACUAAUGGCUCAUAUUGUGUUACUAUGUAUAGGCUGCCAUCAUUAGUGGGAAUAAAUGCUUGUAAAUCUGCAAAGAAUUGUUAAGAAAUUGGACUUAUUUUGAAUAUUUCACUUUGGUUAAACAUUUUGUCUUUGAGAUGCUGCAGAAAAACCUCUGAUGCUGCAAAACUGUUGGUGAAAUGAGUGCAAAAAUGCAACAAACUGGUAUUUGUGUUACUAAUGUGAUUUUUUUAAAUUAAGAGCCACUAAAAUGCAUUUGUGUAAAAAUGAUUCAUUUAAAUAAUGAAAGGACCUGUGAUUCUGGGUCAUAAAAUCCAAAGUUUGGAUGAAAUACAAGCUGAUCCUAUUAUAAAUGACCUUGUUUCUCUUGUGCACAUUUAAAUGUAUGUAAAGAAAAAAACACUGAUCCAAAACAAAUCGGCUGAUGACACAGAUCUGAGUGUAACUGCAUGCAACAUCUUAACAGAACUGAUUGGGAAUCUGCACCAAACUGAGUCAGCGCAAGAUCAAAGUGUCCCACUGGAGUGAAAUAUUGAUGAAUUAGAUGAACAUUAUAGUUUUGUUUUGUUCACAAUGUGUUUCACUGUGAAAACAGUCAUAUUAAUAUAAAGUUGUUACUAUGAUGAAUCCUGCUGAAGAACAAUGAAAUCCUAAAUAUUGACAAGUUGUGAAAUAAAAUUUAAAUCAGUU